AUGCAGGCGAUGCGAGUUCUGAUCGCUUUGCUUCUAUCUGGAGUGCUUGGAAAGGAUCUGCAGGAAUGCGAGGAUCUGGGAAAGGGAAGCCACCUCUGUCGGGAAAUCGAGAGCUUUGAGCAACUGAAUCGAUAUGUCGGGGAAAAUUGGCGAAGCGUGAAGGUAGUGAAUGAGCACACAGGCAUUGAAAAUGCAGAAAGUAAGGAUUUACCUGGUCUCUCGAGACUCUUGCACUUGGAUCUAUCUGAAUCCGGUGGCCUGACUAUGGGUGAUAGAGGUCUAAGCGACUUUAAAGCCCUGCAGGAGCUUAAUAUAACCCAUUGCCAGUUGGAGGAGAUGCAGGCGAAACACUUUCCGAACCAAUCUCAACUUAUCAAUAUAGAUGUGAGCUACAAUGAUAUACAGCUUAUCACUGCUAAAAUGUUGAGUGGAUUGGCCAAUUUGGAGUAUGCAAACUUUUCCACUAACCUGAUAGCAGAGAUAGAACCCAAUGCCUUCAAGAAUCUUAAAAAGCUAAGAUUUCUAGAUCUAACCACUAACGAGCAGGAGAACAUAACUCUGGGUGAGAAUGCCAAUCUAAGAUAUCUGUCUAUAAGUAACAACAAUGUGAGAGAUUUCCAAUGGUGUCGUCUGCGAGGAUUGCCGAAGCUGGAGGAACUGCAUCUGCACAGCAAUUGGUUGGAGUACCUGGACAUGGGGAUAUUCUACGCUCUUCCCAAUCUGCGAGUCCUAAAUGUGUCCAACAACAAUUUGUAUGACAUCAAGCGGACUCUUUUCAUGGCUCCUGGCGAGGUUGCGCCAUUGGAACUCCUUGAUUAUAGUUCCAAUAAUGUAAAGGUCCUUGAGGAUUCGGUCUUCUGCAGACUUAACAAGCUAAGGACCCUUAAUAUGUGGCUCAACCAGAUCAAUAAGAUCCAUCCUCGAUCUUUUUUGGGUCUGAGCUCUUUGCAAUCCCUUCAGCUGCAAGGCAACAAAAUAUCAAUUCUUCCCGAAGAAGUAUUCGCCAAUCUUACGUCGUUGGAGAAGUUGGAUUUAAGUAGGAAUAAUAUCAUAAAGCUGGGAAUGGGUGUCUUUGGGGAUAGGAUUCUACGUAAUCUUAUCUAUCUGGAUUUGAGCAACAACAACAUUGCCGAGCUGCAUCCUCUGGCCCUUUCAUCUCUGCCUUUUAUCCAGGAACUCAGGCUGAGAAGGAACAAGUUGGUUAACCUUGAUCUUCGUAUGUUUGCGCCACUGCGACGACUGCAAUGGCUCACGAUCGGAGAGAAUCGCCUUGAGGAGAUCGAAGGAGAAAUCUUGGACACCUUUGAGCGUCUUACUCAUCUGGAGAUCAACAAUAAUCGCCUUACGUUCUUGCCGGAUUUGAAGUCGUUGGAAAAUCUUAAGGGAUUGCGGCACAUUAGUUUGGAGGGCAAUCCCUGGCAGUGUCUGUGUCUGGACGAGAUCACCUCCUGGUUGAAUGGGCAUCAGGUGGCUUAUGCCAGACCCAGCAGUGCCUAUUUUACUGGCAAGAAACCGCUUUGUGUUGUCACGCCCAUGGAUAAAUGUUUAAGGUUCCUCAAUGAAGUGAAAGCUCAAGGAAUCGUGGAAAGUUACGAGAAAAUUUAACUCUCAUAAUCAGUUUUAAGUUUAAUUUUAUAUUUAAUCAAGAAUA